AUGGCGGCCGCCACCGGCUUCGAGGUGAAGGCGGUGCCGACCAAGCCGUACGACGGCCAGAAGACGGGCACGUCGGGCCUGCGCAAGAAGACCAAGGUGUUUAUGCAGGAGAACUACCUCGCCAACUGGAUCCAGUCGCUCUUCAACGCCCUCGGCGACGAGAAGGUCGGGCAGACGCUGGGCCUGGGCGGCGACGGGCGCUUUUACAACAAGGAGGCCGCGCAGAUCAUCAUCAAGCUGGCCGCGGGCAACGGCAUGAAGAAGGUCGUGGUCGGCAAGGGCGCGCUGAUGGCGACGCCCGCCAUGUCGGCCCUCAUCCGCCGCCGCCAGAUUUACGGCGGUCUCAUCAUGUCGGCGUCGCACAACCCCGCGGGGCCGGACAACGACUUCGGCAUCAAGUUCAACUACUCGAGCGGGCAGCCCGCGCCGGAGUCGAUCACGGACAAGAUCUUCGGCGAGACGCAGGCCGUGUCGACGCUCAACAUGGCGGACAUCCCCGACGUGGACCUGGAGACGGUGGGCGUGCAGAAGUUCGGGUCGUUCGAGGUCGAGGUGGUGGACCCCGUGGAGGACUACGGCGCGCUGCUGUCGGAGGUGUUCGACUUCGACCUCAUCAAGUCGUUCCUCGCGCGCCCCGACGUGCGGUUCAAGUUUGACGCCAUGUGGGCCGUGACGGGCGCCUACGCCGAGCCGAUCUUCUGCAAGAUGCUCGGCGCGGACCCGUCGUGCAUCAAGGACGGCGUCGUCAAGGAGGACUUCGGCGGCGGCCACCCGGACCCCAACCUGACGUACGCCAAGGAGCUGGUGGACAUCAUGGCGGCGGACGACGCACCGGUGUUCGGCGCGGCCUCGGACGGCGACGGCGACCGCAACAUGAUCCUCGGCAAGCGCUUCUUCGUCACGCCGUCGGACUCGGUCGCGAUCAUCGCGGCGAACGCGCAGGCGUGCAUCCCCUACUUCAAGGACGGCGUCAAGGGCCUCGCGCGGUCGAUGCCGACGUCCGGCGCGCUCGACCGCGUGGCCAAGGAGAUGGGCCUGCAGUUCUUCGAGGUCCCCACGGGCUGGAAGUUCUUCGGCAACCUGAUGGACGACGGCCGCCUCUCGAUCUGCGGCGAGGAGUCGUUCGGCACGGGCUCGGACCACGUCCGCGAGAAGGACGGCAUCUGGGCGGUGCUCGCGUGGCUCUCGAUCCUCGCGUACCGCAACAAGGACGUCCCGGAGGGCGGCAAGCUCGUCACGGUCGAGGACGUGACCAAGGAGCACUGGGCGCGCUUUGGCCGCAACUACUUCUCGCGGUACGACUACGAGGAGUGCGCGUCGGAGGGCGCGGAGGCGAUGAUGGAGCACCUCCGCGGCGUCAUCGCGGCGUCGAAGAAGGGCGACAAGUUCGGGCCCUUCGAGCUCGACUUCGCGGAUGACUUUGAGUACACGGACCCGGUUGAUGGGUCCGUGGCGAAGAAGCAGGGGCUGCGGUUCGUGUUCUCGGACGGCUCGCGGUUCAUCUUCCGCCUGUCCGGCACGGGCUCGUCGGGCGCGACCGUGCGGAUGUACGUGGAGCAGUUUGAGAGCGACCCGGCCAAGCAGGGCAAGGACGCGCAGGACGGCCUGGCGCCGCUGAUCGCCGAGGCGCUCAAGACGAGCAAGCUGCAGGAGUUCACCGGCCGCGAGAAGCCCACGGUCAUCACCUAA